CUUUCCUGGGAGCUGCCACUCCGGAAGGAAGGUCGGUGCGUACCCAGGGCGAUCUGGAGACCGGUCCUCACCGCCUGGCUGCAGAGACCCCAACAUUUCCCUUGCGCCCACUUCCUGCCUUCGAAGCCAGCCUUGGACACCUGUUUCUCCUGCCUUCCGCGAUCCCGACACCUGGAGCUCGCCUUUGACGGCCCCACCUCUGGCCUGUGAGGACCCUUCCCCUGGGUGCUGAGGGCACCUGGUCCUCGGCCAUGGCCGGGAGGGCUGUGGUCACUGUGCUUUUGCUUGGAUUAUUCCAGAAUGGGAUAGGAGCCGUUGGAGCUGAAGCCUCUUGUGGUAUGGUCCCUCAAGCACGUAUCACAGGUGGUACCGAUGCAGCUCGCGGCCAGUGGCCCUGGCAGGUCAGCAUCAACCACCACGGCACCCACGUGUGUGGCGGCUCUCUCGUGUCCGAGCAGUGGGUGCUGUCGGCUGCUCACUGCUUCCCAAGGGACAACAAGAUAGAAGAAUACGAGGUCAAGCUGGGCGCCCACCAGCUGGACUACUACAGCACUGACACCCAGGUCCGCAGGGUGGCCCAGGUCAUUUCCCACGAGACCUAUUCCCACGAGGGCUCCAUGGGGGACAUUGCGCUCCUCCAGCUCAGCAGCCCCGUUACCUUCUCCCGCUACAUCCGGCCCAUCUGCCUCCCCGCAGCCAACACCUCCUUCCCCAAUGGCCUCCAGUGCAUUGUCACUGGCUGGGGCCAUGUGGCCCCCUCAGUGAGCCUCCCGAACCCCCGGCCACUGCAGCAACUUGAGGUACCUCUGAUCAGUCGUGAGACCUGUAACUGCCUGUACAAUAUCAAUGCCAAGCCCGGGGAGCCCCACCUAAUCAACCAGGACAUGCUGUGUGCUGGCUACGUGAACGGGAGCAAGGAUGCCUGCCAGGGUGACUCUGGAGGCCCACUUUCCUGCCCAGUGGCAGGCCGCUGGUACCUGGCAGGCAUCGUAAGCUGGGGUGAUGCCUGUGGGGCCCCUAACAGGCCCGGUGUUUAUACCCUGACCUCCGUUUACGCCUCCUGGAUUCACUACAAGGUGGCAAAUCUCCAGUCUCAGGUGGUGCCCCAAAUGAAGGAGUCCCAGCCCGAUGGCCACCUCUGCAGCCACUACACGGGUUUCAGCUCUGCCCCAGCCCAGGGCUUGGUGGGACCCAUCCUUCUGCUGCCACUUGGCCUGACCCUGAGCCUCCUCCGCCCACUGCGUGAGGACUGAGCUACUCACGCCUGGGAGCUGCUCUGCUUCCGAGACCUCCACAUCACACCCAAGGAUGGACACUGUUCCCGUGUUAGGCCCCACCCGGGACACUCUGGGCCCGGGGCCUGACUUGAGUCACUCCCUCCUCCCAGGACCCUGUGGGAGUUCAAGGAACCAUCCUGAACUCUGAGCCCACUCUUCUGGAUUGUUCUUUGGGAUGGUAACCUCCACUGCAGGAGUUGAUUGCCUGUGGUACUGGCUAGAACCUCUGGUCACUUCCAUCUGCUGUCCACAAGCCUAUCUGUUGGGCUCCUAUGGAGCCCCCAAGGACCCUCAGCUAUGAAAAUGGGCCCUGGCUCCCUACCCAUUUCUAGAAGACUGGCCAACUUGAUGGCUACUGAAGGACUGGCUCAGCACCUCACCUGCUCUGUCUGAUGAGCCCCAUCACUGCACCCUCUUCUGGGCCAGGGCUGCCUCUGAAGUGUGUCAGUCGCUUAGCUGUGUCCGACUCUUUGUGACCCCAUGGAUUGUAGCCCGUCAGGUUCCUCUGUCCAUGGGAUUCUCCAGGCAAGAACACGGGAGUGAAUGGCCAUUCCCUUCUCCAGGGGAUCUUCCUGACUCAGGAAUCAAACCCUUAUCUCCUGCAUUGCAGGUGGAUUCUUUACCAUCUGAGCUACCAGGGAAGCCUGGGGCUGCCUCUGGGCAACAGAUUUUCAAGGACAAAAAAGGCCCCAAUCUUGCCUCAUUGGCUGCCAUGCCCCAACUUGAGCCCUGACUUCUGGACUCCGGAGGACUGAGCCCCCACCGGAACUGGGCUCCAACAUGCAUCUGGAGUCGGGGGUUAGAAGGAGUAAAAUGUUCUGAGCACAAA